AUGCUGUCAUCCUCGUCACUGGUGCGAGGACUUCGUGCAAGUUCAUCUCGCAUACAAUGCAAACGAUUUGCGUCGCAUGAGGCUCCGCAAUACAAUGAACCUUCAGGAUGGCUUUUUGGGGAGAAGCCUCCACCACCCGGGCAGAAGAGAGUGAAGGAGGACUGGGAAAAUGUGUGGUAUAUUGGGAUGUUCGGCACCAUGGCGUUCGCCACUGUUAUGCUUUACUACAAGCCUGACACCAGCGUGCAGUCAUGGGCGCUCCAAGAAGCCAAAGAAAGAAUGGAGGCUCGCGGCGAGAAAUACCAAUACGAACCUCAGCCGUCACCGCCUUCUACAUCUUAA